AAUUGACUGAGGCAGAGUCUAAUAUAGCCCAGGCUGGCCUCAAACUCAUAACUCCUGAAUGCUGGGAUUACAGAUUUUCAUAGUACCUGUUUUAAUUACUAUAGUUUUGUAGUUACAUUUUAUCUCCUCUUUGCAUAGCCUUGGAUGUCCUGGAGCUUGCUUUGUAGGCCAGGCUGGCCUCAGACUCUCAGAGAUCUGCCUGCCUCUGCUUUCCGAGUGCUGGGAUUAAAAGCAUGCACCACCAUCACCCACCUUGUAGUUAGUUUUAAAUAAGUUAAGCCCUUCACCUUUGUAUUUCUUUUUCAAGAUUAUUUUGGCUAUUCCUGAUCCCUAGAGAGUCAAUAAAUAGCAUGGAUUUCUCUACCGAAAAUAAAAUGCCCUUGGGAUAUCUGGUAAAGGUUAUUAAAUCAGUAAACUGCUAAUCCGACCUGGGUAGUGCUGAGAAUCAGCAGCAUUCGUGUGGACAGUCUUACCAGCAGCAAGUCUUCCGUUCUGUCUCAGCUCCUUAUAUGUCCCCUCACUUUUACACUCGUGGUCAACAAAGAUCAACUAAAUAUGCAGUCUGCUGAGGCCACUCGUGACUGGUCUCUGCCCAGAACUCCCAAGCAGUUCUUCCAGGAGUCUGCACAGUAAGGCCUCACAGUAGGUCCACACACUCCAGAUGAAAGGAGCUGUGCAGGCAGCCCUGGGGCUACCCCAGUUCUGUUAAAGGCACAGUCUGUGCUGGCUGCAGUGUAGCCCACCCGCCUCUGUGUAUUGUGCACUUCCACAAUUGGCUUCCUCACUCGCAAAUUGGUUGGUUUCUGCAAAACCCUAGAAAGUAAUUGACUGCUUGAGUUUGACUGUUGCCUUUCAGUGGUCAGGUAAAUACAAACCUGUCCCCUUUCCCAGGGCCAGGCUGGCAUGGCUACAGUGACUCCCCACAACUGCACAGAGCAGAGAGGGCUGUUGAGGAGCAGCAGAGCCCUGCACUCUGGGGAUCCCACAAGUAAAGAGACAAGACUUUGGGGGGCUGUAUUACUGUGCUACCUCCCUAGCUGAAUUUUAGAUGGAUGGAUGGAUGGGGAGGGUGGAUGAUUGAAAAUACAGAUAUACAGAUGAUAGAACAAAAUAGCUCAUUGUCUUAGCACCCAAAUGCUACUUCUAGUAAUGAUUAAAGGAUAGCAUAAACUAAGACACCCAAACACGUGUUAGUAAAUCUAAGCCACAAGAAAGGAGUGAAAUGAAGUCCGUGUCAUGUGCAUGCCCAUGAUCCCAGCAUUCAGCCUUCAGGCUGACUCUGGUACCUGUUCCCACAUUGCUGCACCCACUCUUGACCAUUUCUAGUAAGCUGCACAGUGGUCACAUGAGCCACUGCUCCCCUGGAUAAUUUCCUGCAGAUUUACAUGUGUGCUCUCUAACUAGCUGUCAGUGUGUGAUGGUGGGAGCAAAGUAGCUUUCUCCUGCUUCCCCCAAGGUACAGGUACAUAUGACAACAGGGUCCCAGGCUUGGGAGACUUCGAAGUGAUGUCCGUACUCUCUGAGUUUGGAAAGGUGCUAGAACAGCUGGACCUUGAUCAGUUCUAGGUCUUUUUCUGUCAAAAAUAGACCAAAGACCAAAUUGAGUUCCUCAGCAUCCCAUGCAACUUCCAUUUCUGCCCAGUUCACAAAAGGUGGAGGCCAGGCCCAUCCUACAGUAGAUUGUGAGGGCAAGAGCUUGGAUGUGAGAUCACCUGACUGAUGGAAGCCUGUGGGUGGGUGUGAGGGUUCAGGCCCAGCGUGCAUGCAGAGCCACAAGCAUGAGCUUUGUGGCUUUGUGGAAAUAAACUACGUGAGUGUGUGGGCUGCAAAGCCUCAGCUCUUCGCUCUCUCCUGAGACUGUCCUGAAGCAGGAUUACACCCAGGACUUCGGCCUACCUCCUAAUACUCUUCCACAAGCCUUCCCAGCCGAGAUCUAUGUAGUCACCAGUGCCUGCUCUGGAAGGAACUGUAAAUGGCCAGAGUGUUGGGUGGAAGUUUCUCUGGUUCCUCUUUCUUGUGUGUUUCUGUUAGGGUCUCUGGUAUGAAUCACGAGCUUGUGCUGUGAACUUAGUGAACUCUGCUCAGUGUCAGCCGUGGGAAUCCACUGAGUUUUGUCAAUUAGAUCCUGGGCUCCUCUCCCCAGCUCUUGCCAGAAGGUGAGUGUGUGUGGGUGCAUUCACUCACACUCACCUGUGCGGGGGACAGAACUCAGGGCCUUACAUGUCAGACAAACGCUGUACUGUGGAGCUCACCCGGCCCCUUGAUAUGCUCUUAGAGGAUUUGGAGCUGUUCCCUACUUCAGUCGAUUCCGGUAUCUCAGUUCCUUGGUUGGUCUGGAGCCAAGCGAAUCAGCCAAUACAAAGCUGAAUGGCAAGAGGAGAGCAUACAUAUUGUAUUAAUUUUGCACAGCCCUGGAGAUUUCUAUAAGAUGUGGCCCAGAGAAAUGGCCAAAACACUGGACAUGGUGGUACACACCCGCAGCCCUCAGGAGGAUUAUGAGUUCAAGACCAGCCUGGGAUAUAUAACCUGGCUCAGGAAAAUGGUAGUAUGAAUGCUUGCCUUGCACACACAAGGUUUCACCUACAACCAAAAUGAAAUAAAGAACAAGGGGCCACAGCUUUCCUGCUUCUGAGGCAAAGAAAGAAAAUUUUGUAGGGAAAAAUAGAAUGUAUAGAUCUCGAGUAGGCUGGUCGAAUAGGGAUGUCACUUAGUAAUCUAUGGGGCUGUAAAGUAAGCUGGAAAAUGAGAUCAUUUAUUCGGUCCCCAGCCCCAUUAACAGUCUCUGCUUGAUGAGGGCUAUUUUCUGUCUUGGUACUAGAAGAUCCCCUCCUAAGAAAUCUUCACAUUCUGCUGCAUGUAGGGACAGACAGGUCAUGUGGCCUAUCCUGCACCCACACUUCCUCUUUCAGCCUGAAACAGUCAGAAGGCCAGUUCAGUGUGAGAUGACACCUCCUUCAUCGAGAAAGCACCCAGGCUUGGGAACCAUGCUCACUGGCCUCCACACAGGACUCCAGGAGGCACACGCAGGGUGCAAGUCUCCCCUGGCUCUGACCCAAUGCUGUUGGUUGCCAUCUCAUUGGCGUUCCUGUUGGUGGCUCUGCUGUACCUGCGACACCUGGGCUGGGGCUUGAUCGCUAUCUUCUGGUUUGAGUACGUGCAGCAGCCAGUCCUUAACCUGCUCAUGGGUGACACAAAGGAGCAGCGCAUCCUGCACUACGUGCAGCAGCAUGCCAAGCCUGGAGACCCCCAGAGUGCACUGGAGGCCAUUGACACCUACAGCUCACAGAAGGAGUGGGGCAUGCAUGUGGGUAAAGACAAAGGCCAAAUCAUGGAUGCAGUGGUUCAGGAGUACAAGCCCUCGCUGGUGUUGGAGCUAGGAGCUUACUGUGGCUACUCAGCCAUGCGGAUAGCCCGCCUGCUGCCACCUGGAGGCAGGCUUCUCACCAUGGAGAUGAACUCUGACCAUGCCGCCAUCACCCAGCAAAUGCUCAAUUUUGCAGGCCUGCAGGACAAAGUCACUGUCCUUCUUGGGGCCUCCCAGAACCUCAUCCCGCAGCUGAAGACGAAGUAUGAUGUGGACACAUUUGACAUGGUCUUUCUUGACCACUGGAAAGAACGCUACCUGCCAGACACACAUCUCCUGGAGGAACAUGGCCUGUUGCACAAGGGGACGGUGCUUCUAGCUGACAAUGUCAUUGUCCCAGGAGCCCCCGACUUCCUGGAAUAUGUGAGGGGGAGCAACAAAUUCAAAUGCACACACUACAGCUCAUACCUGGAGUAUAUGAAAGUCGUAGACGGCCUGGAGAAGGCAAUCUACCAGGGUCCAAGCAGCCCAUGAAGCAUUGACCACUCAGCCUGCCCUGAGAUCCCCUUCCAGCUUCCUUCUGCUAGAUGACACUCACUCAUGCUGACCCCUCUAUGCUUCUGGAGCCUGUCCUCAUCUGCUAUCGAGGAUAUUCAAAAGGUAUGAGCUUACUGUCUAAAACCACUACAAGAAAUCUGGAAAGCACCUGUGGAGAAAAGGCUGAAUGGAGGCUCAUAGUGCCUGCCCAGCAUGUAAGAGGCCUCGAGUUUAAUCCUAAACACCAGAAAAUACGGGAUAAAAAAACUCAAAGCAGGUGUCAUCCUGCUGGUGUCACCUAUGAGAUUCUCAUAGGGUUUCGAGGCCAGAUGCAUAGGCACUGCCAUCACCAAUUAGGCCAAGCAAGAAGUCAGGAAAUUGGAAAUAUCCAGAUGCUGUCUGGCUGUCACCAAAUGGCAGCGAUGCCUAUGACUACACUGUCACCAGCAACCCAUACCACAGUUCAUCUUAAGAGUGAGUCAUAAACUUUCCAGGUGUACUGGUGCAUGUCUUUAAUCCCAGCACCCAGGAGGCAAGGCAGGCAGAUCUCUGAGUUCAAGGCCAGCCUGGUCUACACAGCAGUGAGUUCUAAGACAGCCAAAGCAAAAGAAAAAAGAAAAAGAAAAAACAAGUUAUAACCUGUUUUUAGUUAUGCUGUGAUCUUUUAUCUUAAAAGAAAUUAAAGCUCUAAAUAUUUGGAUACAAGA